AUGGCAGCUCCAGCAACAACCCCCCAAAGCAGCAUCAAUGACCUCCGUGUUUCCCUCGAAUCCCUCUUUUCCAUUGUAAACCCAUUCAACAAUUCCUCCGCUGUAACGAACUCGACUGAAACGCCCCUUCCAACCAUCUCCGAAUCUAUCUCCUCCAUCGUCACCUUCCUCUCCCCUGCCCUCGCUACAUGCCCAACAUGGCUGCUGUAUACAUCCCUCGCCAUCAUAUCUAUCUUCCUCCUCAUCCACUUCACCAUCUUUACUCCACCUUCGAACCUCCGUCAUCUCCCUCGCGUUUCCCCUUACCCCAUCAUCUGGAGCUACAUAAUUUUGAAAUACUUGACCCACAACCCCGCCCUCUUCCCAAAGAAGAACUAUCAAGAGCAUCUGCACUUCUCCUUCCUCUCCGGUCCCAACGUCGUGUUCUCCAACGGAGAGCAAUGGAAGCGUCACUCUGAGAGUGUCAAGGCGGCUUUCGACAGGGAAAUUCCCGUGUAUAGGUUCGUAUCCUUGGCGGGGGACGUGAUGAACAUGAUCGGAGGGUCGAAAGAGAAGGGUGUCGUGAAAAUCUUCAGCGACCUCGUGCAGAAGUAUACCCUUGACGUUGUCGGUACGACGUUGCUGGGGCAUAACUUCGAAGCCUUGAAGACCAGCUCGGAUGACGAAGAGCUCUCUUUCGUCGACCACUUCAACCAGGUCAUGACCUCCAUCGCAACACCUGUCCGCCUCAUCUUCCCCUUCCUCGACACCUACUUCCCUCGUACCGCCGUCAUUGCUGAAGUCGACGCCCUGAACGCUCGGUACGAUGCGGUCCUGGAGAAAAAGAAGGGCGAGCUUGGGUUAGACUUGCUCAGUUACCUGUUGGAGGAUGAUAGGCUGUCGCACGAAGAGCUUCGUUCCAAUCUUUCCAUCUUGUUCAGCGCAGGCCACGACACCACCUCCGGCGCCAUUGCCAGCUGCGUGUACUUCCUCUCUCGCCACCCAGAGUACCAGCAACGCGCCCGUCAAGAAGUCCUCGACGUCCUGCAGGACCGCAAGGAACCCGCCUACGACGACCAUCCCAAAUUCAAAUUCCUUUACGCAUGCAUCAAGGAGGCCAUGCGUAUCAACCCUCCCAUCUCUCUCCUUCCAGCUAGGUGGACCACGGAGGCUGUCGUAUUGAGCAACGGUCGUGGAGGAACGGAGUACCCCAUCCCGCAAGGAAUUUCGCUUGUCCCGAACGUGUGGGUGGUACAUAACAAUCCCAAGGUCUGGAAGGAGCCAGCAGUUUUCGAUCCUUAUCGGUUCAUGCCAGGCGAGGAGAAGCGCGGUAAAGUUCGACCAGUGCACCACAUUCCCUUCGGUACCGGUCCAAGGCAAUGCGUGGCGAGGCAGUUCUCAUUGUACGAGCAACGAACUUUGCUCGCAAUGCUCCUGAUUGAAUACGAAUGGCGAGUUCCGACGGAUAGUGAGCACAGAGAAUGGGUCAAAAACGAAUUCGGAGCGUUUGGAUUGAGCAUUCCUCACCAUCUUGACAUUGAAUUUGUAAAAUUAUAGGUUUCAGCCCUUCAUCACAGUCUCAAACGUAUGUAUAGGCGAUAAGCCCAGCGAUCCAGGUAUCAGAUUCCUGGCACUGCUGUUGGACUAGUACUCUUUCCCUGUAUCAUCAUUCAUCUCUAUGAUAAACAUAGUAAG